AUGAAAGAGGAUGAAAUAAUAAAAGAUGACUUGGGUAAAAAUUUUAUAUUUCAGGAGAAUGAAGAUACCAGUACUGAGAGCAUUGAAAACAAAGAAGAAAUUGAAAGUGGCAGGUCAGGUGUUUGUGAAGGGAAUGUAAAGGAUGCCAGGAAAAUAAAUCUGAGAGGUGCUAGGCGAAGGGCAAUCACCACACAUUACCCAGAGGAUGGACCAACUCUCACAACAAAAUUGCUGACUCAUUCUUCUGAACCUACAAACUGUGUACCAGGAGUAUCAUCAUCAGAUGUACAGGAGUAUCAUCAUCAUCAUCCAAGUGUACCAGGAUUAUCAUCACCAUCAGGUGAACCAGGAGUAUCAUCAUCAUUAUCAGGAGCAUCAUCAUCAUCAUCAGGUGAACCAGGAGUAUCAUCAUCAUCAUCAUCAGGUGUACCAGGAGUAUCAUCAUCAUCAUCAUCAGGUGAACCAGGAGUAUCAUCAUCAUCAUCAUCAGGUGUAUCAGGAGUAUCAUCAUCAUCAGAUGUACAGGAGUAUCAUCAUCAUCAACAUCAUCAUCAUCAUCCAGGUGUACCAGGAGUAUCACCAUCAUCAUCAGGUGUACCAGGAGUAUCAUCAUCAUCAGAUGUACAGGAGUAUCAUCAUCAUCCAGGUGUACCAGGAGUAUCAUCGUCAUCACUAUCAUCAUCAUCAUCAGGUGUACCAGGAGUAUCAUCAUCAUCAGGUGUAGCAGGAGUAUCUUCAUCAGGUGUAUCAGGUGUACCAGAAGUAUCACCAUCAUCAUCAGGUGAACCAGAAGUAUCAUCAUUGUCAUCAUCAUCAGGUGUACCAGGAGUAUCAUCAUCAUCUGAUGUACAGGAGUAUCAUCAUCCUCCAGGUGUACCAGGAGUAUCAUCAUCACUAUCAACAUCAUCAUCAGGUGUACAGGAGUAUUAUCAUCAUCAGCAGCUGUACCAAGAGUUUCAUCAUCAGCAAGUGAACCAGGAGUUUCAUCAUCAUCAGGUGAACCAGGAGUAUCAUCAUUGUCAUUAUCAUUAG